UCGGGGCGCCGCGACCCCGUACCCCGCCUCGUUGUGGGCCCCGCGGGGACGGCGGCUGGCGGGCGCUCCCUGCUGCUACUGCUGCUGUUCAACAAGGAGGAGUGAUUACUGUUCUAAAGUGGACAUUGGAGAGGAUCCAUUAGGCCAUCAGGAUGGAAACGAGGAAAGGAAAUCGGCUGACGCAGGAGCUAGAGUGAGACCGACGAGCCCACAAAUCCAGCCUGCACCAUGAACUUGUGUCCUUCUACAUUUUAGGAGCCAAGGGCAGGUGAAGUUGCUGGAGAGCAAUGGCUCUCUUUACUCCGUGGAAGCUGUCCUCUCAGAAGCUGGGCUUUUUUCUUGUGACUUUUGGCUUCAUCUGGGGUAUGAUGCUCCUGCAUUUUACCAUCCAGCAGCGAACUCAGCCCGAGAGCAGCUCCAUGCUGCGUGAGCAGAUCCUGGACCUCAGCAAGAGGUACAUCAAGGCGCUGGCGGAGGAAAAUCGGAAUGUGGUGGAUGGGCCCUACGCCGGCGUCAUGACAGCGUACGAUCUGAAGAAAACUCUUGCCGUGCUAUUGGAUAAUAUCUUGCAGCGCAUUGGAAAGUUGGAGUCCAAGGUGGACAAUCUUGUAAUCAAUGGCACAGGGACAAACUCGACCAAUUCCACCACAGCUGUUCCCAGCUUGGUUGCACUUGAGAAAAUUAAUGUGGCAGAUAUCAUUAAUGGAGCUCAAGAAAAAUGUGUAUUGCCUCCUAUGGAUGGCUACCCCCACUGUGAGGGGAAAAUCAAGUGGAUGAAAGAUAUGUGGCGCUCGGAUCCCUGCUACGCAGAAUACGGAGUGGAUGGGUCCACCUGCUCUUUUUUUAUUUACCUCAGUGAGCCCCUGAACACAACCAUUCUAAUUUGUCUCACUGAUUUUGACUACUCUCACUACUCCUAUAAUCUAUACAGCAUUUGCCUGUGCAUGCUCCGAGUCCUGGAUUCAUUUGGUACCGAGCCAGAGUUUAACCAUGCUAACUAUGCCCAGUCUAAAGGCCACAAGACGCCCUGGGGAAAAUGGAAUCUGAACCCACAGCAGUUUUAUACCAUGUUCCCUCAUACCCCAGACAACAGCUUUCUGGGAUUUGUGGUCGAGCAGCACCUCAACUCCAGCGACAUCCACCACAUUAACGAAAUCAAAAGGCAGAACCAGUCCCUUGUGUAUGGCAAAGUGGAUAGCUUCUGGAAGAAUAAGAAAAUCUAUUUGGACAUUAUUCACACCUACAUGGAAGUACACGCGACUGUUUACGGCUCCAGCACGAAGAAUAUUCCCAGUUACGUGAAAAACCACGGUAUCCUCAGUGGACGAGACCUGCAGUUUCUUCUCCGAGAAACCAAGUUGUUUGUUGGACUCGGGUUCCCUUAUGAGGGCCCAGCUCCCCUGGAGGCCAUUGCAAAUGGAUGUGCUUUUCUGAAUCCCAAGUUCAGCCCACCCAAAAGCAGCAAAAACACAGACUUUUUCAUUGGCAAGCCAACUCUGAGAGAGCUGACAUCCCAGCAUCCUUAUGCUGAAGUUUUCAUCGGCCGGCCCCACGUUUGGACGGUUGACCUCAGCAAUCAGGAGGAAGUGGGAGAUGCCGUGAAAGCAAUUUUAAGUCAGAAGAUUGAGCCAUAUAUGCCAUACGAAUUCACAUGUGAGGGAAUGCUACAGAGAAUCAACGCUUUCAUUGAAAAACAGGUAAGGCUCUUCAGAAGUCCUUUUAACCCAUCACGCCAGGGGGCUCUCAUGAACAGCUAAGAGCUCAUCAUGUUUCUGUGG